ACAUACGCACGCGUUCCGCACGCCUGGCACUAAAAGGCGGUUAACUGAUAGAAGAACAAUGUGAAAAACUAUACGGAAAAAGCCUUGCACGCGCGCGCGAGAAAUAGUACGGGAAAGUAAUUAGCGGUUACAGACCACGUUGUCGUUCCCUCGUCCGGGACGCGGGAGGGGAUUCGAUUAAAAUCGCAGUGACGUGCCUGCGUAUCAGAGUCAGGCUCAGUUUCCUUUCCGGCGUCUUUCAGAAUGACAACGGCGUCGUUGUCGCCGACGCGCGUCGAGAUCUCGGCAUCUCAUUCUCGACUAUCGUGGUAGUGACAGGUGCUUCAUCAAGGUGAACUCUCGAUAUAAUUAUUUCUGCGAGUACACUUUCGCUUCGCGUGCUUCGCGCUUUUGGGUGAAAAUUAGACGAUAAAUCCGAGGCCAAAUUUGUCAUGAAGUAUAUCAUUUAGAAUCAUAAUUAAAAGAAACUCAGAAGCUUUUGUCAUUAGUGCCAUUGUGAAACAGUUGGACAUAGGCAGGAAUAGCUCUUAUUAAAGGAAAAAAAAGUUUCUCUGAUAGGGAAAUUCAUUUUAACUUCAGAAUUCCAUCUUUGAAAAACGAUGCAGCGAUUUAAUAAUGUAUGCGUUAUUUAUAUUCAUACAUGCGCAGUGCGGCUUAGUUCCGAGUGCGGCUACUAGAAAAAAUUAUCAUAAGUACUAACCGCCAGACAAUCAGGCUUAAGAAAAUCUGCCUCGCAAAACUAGAUUAGUGUAAGAGAAUUAACAGAUUAAAGAUUCAGAUACGGAAAUAAACAACAGCGCGAUCAAAUUCAAUAAAAACAAUAACUGAGCCAGAGGAACAUCAUUGGACACAAUGGACCGCGGGAUAUUGCGGCAAACGUUGAUUGGAUUCGUAUGCAGUAUUUUAAUCAUCGAUUGCGGCCUCCACGAAGGAUGGAGCACGCCGACCAUAUCGAAGUUCAACGACAAGGAUCCUUUAAAGGUGACGAGCGACGAGAUCGUUUGGAUCGUGAAUCUCAUGUACGUGGGAGUUGGCAUCGGCUCAUUGGUACCAUUCAUACUGAUGGACAAUAUCGGACGUAAGGGAACCUUGCUAGUCACUACAGGACCGAAGAUCCUCUCGUGGAUCUUCAUCGGGUUAUCCACGUCUGUACCGGCCAUAUAUGCUGGACGGAUACUCGCGGGCAUCGGAUGUGGAAUAACGUACGCUGUAAUGCCGAUGUAUCUCGGCGAGAUCAGCAGCAAGCGAACCAGAGGUCCUUUAGGUACUUUAAUGGCUGUACUACUCAACAUCGGGAUGCUGCUCAUCUACGCAAUCGGUCUGUGGAUCAGUCGAUUCGCGAUGGCGAUGAUAAGCUUGUGCGCGCCGGUGUUCUUCCUGCUGACCUUCAUGUGGUUACCCGAGAGCUCGGUGUUUCUCACGCGGAAGAAUAGACUCGGACCCGCGGAGAAGACCCUUCAGUGGGCCCUGGGUAAAGAGAACGUGGACGAGGAGCUCGAAGAGAUCAAAAGAAUCGUGGAGACCGAGGACAAGUGCAGCAAGCUGACUCUCCGAGAGAUGUUCAAGGAGAUCAUCACCAAGGCGCAUAACAGGCGAGCCUUUCGUAUCGCUCUGAUACUGUUAAGCGGGCUGACAUUGACCGGCGCGGCGCCGAUACUCGCGUACCAGUCGUACAUAUACAACGAGGCCGGCUUCGAGAUCUCGACCAACGCCAGCAUCAUCAUCACCGGCGUCGGCAUUGUUCUGGCUGGUAGCGUCUGCGUGUCGGUGGUGCGUCUCACCGGCAAGAGACUCCUGCUGCUGAUCGCCGCGCCGAUUUGCGUGGUAUCGCUGGCGACGAUAGCCAUUUUCUUCGAGCUGCAGUCCGGCGGCUACGACGUCUCUCGAUUCAAGUGGGUGCCCACGGUCUUCGUGGUGAUUUACGUGCUCGGCUUCGGACUCGGCCUUAAUCCGAUACCGCUGGCAUACAUCGGCGAGAUCUUCGGCGUCGAGGUCAGAGUACCCGCCGCGGUGCUCAAUGCUCUCUACUACGCUAUAAGCACCACCGCCAUUGUGAAGUUCUAUCAGGUCGUGCAAGAGUUAUACGGCACGUUCGCACCAUUAUGGACGUUCACCGCGAUAACGUUUCUUAUAUGGGUAUUAAUUUACCUAUUUGUGCCCGAAACCGAAGGCAAAACCUUAGAAGAGAUACAAUUGGAAUUGCGAGACAAAGAGUGACGUAUAUAUAGACAACUAUAUAAAAAAAAAACAGGCGUGGCAUUAUGAAUAAUCCAAAGAUCCACUUAAGUCCACUUUUACAACGCAUAUCUAACACGCGAAAUAAGACUUGACUCAAUUUUAUCAAUAUCAACAUUCAGAGAUUAUAUUCAGAUUAUAAAAAUAUUAGAAAGAUAAUGUUUCUGUUAAAUUAUAAUGAUAGUCCAGUUUACAUUUUUUUAAUAUGUACUAUCAUUAUAAUAAUUUAGGUCUAUAUACAAAUGAAUAAUUAGCCAAUAUUGUGAUGGUACACACAUGUAUACAUUUAUGUAGAAAAAUCUUGAUGUAGAAAACAGAUAGCAAAUGCUAUUUCAAAAAUAAAAUUUAUAAAAAUAGUGAGCUGUGAAAUAAUUCAAAUGAGAGAAAAUUUCAAUAACUUUGCUCAAGAUUUUCAUCAAUGUGUUGAUUUAUAUUCUUAUAUUUUUUUAUGAAGACAACUUAUUGCGCAACUUAUAUAUAUAAGUAUAUUUGUUUAAUUCUAGAUAAUAUUGUAAGAGCACAAAGAUAACGGAGAAAAAUUAAAUAUUUCCGUAAUAAAAUUAGCAUGUAUAAAAUAAUAAAAAUUAAGUAUAAAUGCUUUUACCGUUUCUGCGAAUUUCAGUUGACGCACUGGCAUACAUAUUUCGUUGAUAUAUUACUAUUAAAUUUAAUUUGACUUUCUCGAGCAAUUGAAUAAAAUUCGAAACAUUUAAUGUUCAUAUAUGUUUUCAACGAUAUUUACAAUUAUUAUAAAUAUUUGCAUAUUUAAAUCAUAUUUAGAAUCCAAUUAGUCUUUCUCUUUUAUUGUAUUUUUAUGUCAAAGAACUUUUUUCCAUUUAAUCAUUUGUUCUAUGUGCUUUACAUAAAGUUUCAAAAUUGUAUAACAUCGAUAAUGGUGUUAAAUCGCAUUUGGAGCCGGUGAAAGCACUAGGGAGAAACGACGCGGGGGAAAAUCAUUGGUCUUGUUUGAUCGUAAAGCUCCAACUCCGCAAAGAGAAUCGUUUAGUAGCGAUAUCGUAUACGACGAGAUUCGUAUGUUCGAUCGGACAAGUUAAGUUCUCAUUAAAAACGCAUUUGCAACGUGAAUUCGCUGGCCUCCUUAAUCCUAUCUUAAAGUCUACUACCUUAAAUAUUGGUAAAUACAUCCCGUUGCGUGGUUCCUAUAUUAUCUUGAUAUUUGUGUCACCGCAUAAAUAGAAAAAUAACUCCAUCAUUUAAUAUGAACACUCUCUAUUUGAUUUGAUUACGACUGUAUAAUUGUGAAUAUUGGCGUAUAAUUAUUUCGAUGUCUAUGCAGAUAUUAUUAUUAUAUAAAAAAAUAUUAUUCAAACUCUUAUAGAAUAUAACUUUACGCGUAUGAAGUAUUUCGCUAAACUGCUCGUUUUAUUCGCAUAAAAGAUUGAGGAAAUUUUUAGUGGCUAACGAUGAAGUGGCUUAUAAAUUUUUCGGCCAGACUAUCUUUAUACAGAAACCCGCCCUCGAGUACUCGCGCUCGAUAAAAAAUGCAACAUUCUCUAAGAUCGGUCCUCUCGUCGUCGUAAACUGCCGAGUGAUCUCCCCUCAUAUGAUUGACCAUCUUGACUACGCUGAUGGCUCGUCAGCCGUCGGUAUAUGACGGAACAUUGGUAGGACGUGGUACGUUGGACAGGGCAUGUCUUGCGUGUUAGCGUUCCUCUCGAACGGAACAUCCGUACAUGUGUAUCGCGCUCAUACGUAUGUAUAUUUACAAUUACGCGGAAAUGCAUUUGCCUAUAUGCACAUAUAACUGUUUAUCCGCCGAUACCCUCUCGCGUGAUGUAUUAGUCAGAACAUGUGGGUUCUGAGUACACAAAUGCGGAUUUGAGCAUGAUUAGAUUUAAUAUUUCAAUGCGAGAGUAAUACUAUCUCAUGUAUCCGUGCGUGGAAGGAUAAAAGUACUCAUUGAUACUGUUGAUAACACUGAUUCGUAACGCCGAAACUAUAUAUAAGUCGGAUGUAGAAAGGUAAAACAAACAUGUAAUAGAGUAAAAAUUAUUUUAUGACUAUUAUCUUAUCUAUAAUAGCUGUUAUUUUUUACAUACAUCUUAUAGUAAUCAUAAUUUUAUAUAAUGAAGUAGUCAGUAAAAUAAAAUUUCUAUAAUUUUUCUAUCCAUUGUUUUUUUUUCUGUCAAUAAUUUGGUCAAUAGUCUCUAAUAUGCAAUAUGCGUUGUUUAGCACGAAGACUUAUUGUCAAUUGGACCGUCACUUAAAUCACCUCUACAGAUGUGUAAAAGUGUAGAAGUGUUACAGAACAACAGAAAAGAAAGAAAUAAAAUGUAUACUUUGUAUUUUGAA